GUGAUUGCCAACAUGACCGUCGGCAAGGACGUCGCGAUGCUCUUCACUGACGUCAUCAACUGCAUCCAGACCGAAAACAUCGAGCUGAAGAAGCUGGUGUACCUGUACCUGAUCAACUACGCCAAGACGCAGCCGGAGCUGACGCUAUUGGCGGUGAACACGUUCGUCAAGGACGCCAACGACCCGAACCCCCUCAUUCGCGCGCUGGCCGUGCGGACCAUGGGCUGCAUCAGGGUGGAGAAGAUCACGGAGUACCUGUGCGAGCCGCUGAGGAAAGCUCUGCGAGACGACGACCCCUACGUGCGUAAGACGGCCGCGGUGUGCGUGGCGAAGCUGUACGACAUCAACGCCGACCUGGUGGAGGACCAGGGUUUCCUGCAGAUCCUGAGGGAUCUCAUCUGCGACCCAAACCCAACGGUGGUGGCCAACGCGGUGGCAGCUCUGUCGGAGAUCGGGGACACGUCGGGGCGAGACGUGAUGGAGAUCGACACUUCGGUGCUGCAGAAGCUCUUGGCUGCGCUCAACGAGUGCACGGAGUGGGGCCAGGUGUUCAUCUUGGACUCCCUGGCGAAGUACACACCCGCGGACGGGCGGGAGGCGGAGGGCAUCAUCGAGAGGGUCACGCCGCGCCUGCAGCACGCCAACUCGGCUGUGGUCAUGUCGGCCGUCAAGGUUGUGCUGACGUACUUGGAUAGCGUCAACAGCGUGGACACGAGCCGGUCGUUCAGCCGCAAGCUGGCGCCGCCUCUCGUAACGCUGCUCAACUCGGAGCCCGAGACGCAGUACGUGGCCCUCCGCAACAUUAACCUUAUCGUACAGAAGCGGCCCGGCAUCCUCGAGUCCGAGAUAAAGGUGUUCUUCUGCAAGUACAACGACCCGAUCUACGUGAAGAUGGAGAAGCUCGAGACAAUCAUUCGUCUCGUUAACGACCGCAACAUCGACCAGGUGCUGCUGGAGCUUAAGGAGUACGCCCAGGAGGUGGACGUGGAGUUCGUGCGAAAGGCCGUGAGGGCGAUCGGGCGGUGCGCCAUCAAGCUCGAGCGCGCGGCGGAGCGGUGCAUAAAUGUGCUGCUCGAGCUGAUCCAGACCAAGGUCAACUACGUCCUGCAGGAGGCCGUCAUCGUCAUCAAGGACAUCUUUCGUAAGUAUCCCAACAGGUACGAGAGCAUCAUUUCCGCCCUCUGCGAGAACCUUGACACCCUGGAUGAGCCCGAGGCAAAGGCUAGCAUCAUCUGGAUCAUCGGGGAGUACGCGGAGCGCAUCGACAACGCCGACGAGCAGCUGGAGCACUUCCUGGAGACGUUCGAGGAGGAGUCGGCCGAGGUGCAGCUGCAGCUCCUCACGGCCACCGUCAAGCUGUUCCUCAAGCAGCCAGAGGAUACGCAGGACAUGGUCCAGAGAGUCCUUCAGCUGGCGACGGAGGAGAGCGAUGACCCUGACCUGAGAGACCGCGGCUUCGUCUACUGGCGGCUGCUGUCGACCAACCCCGAGGCUGCCAAGGCCGUCGUGCUCUCCGAGAAGCCCAACAUCGCCGACGACACCUUCACGCUCGAGCCCGCCGUCCUCGACAUGCUCAUCGGCCAGGUGGGCGGACGGAUUUCCACCCUGUCGUCGAUCUACUACAAGCCCCCGGAGGCAUUCGUUAUGAAGCAGGCCCCCAUCAGCAGGGUGGAUGACGAAGACCUCGACGACGACGAUGAAGGCGCUGAGGAGUACGCCAACGAGGACGACGAGGACUACGACUACGACAGCAACAACGCCGACGGGCUAACGGGUCCCUCAGACACCUCCAACGGCAGCGGGGCCGUGGACCUCUUGUCUAUGGAUGACCUCUCCGUGAACGACGCGCCCGCACCGGCGGCGGCGGCGGCGGCGGCAGUACCAGCGGCACCUGGGGGAGGAGGGAUUGUUGACUUGUUCGGAGCGCUGGGCGCGGCUGCGCCCCCGUCUGCCCCCGUGCAGAAACCGGUUGUGUGUCCCGCUGCCCAGGGCGGGGGGCUGGAGAUUUUGGGGGCGUUCGUGCUCCGCGGCGGAGCGCUCUACCUCGACAUGGACGUGAACAACCGCGACGCUGCGCCGACGCAGCAGCUGGCGGUCCAGCUAAACAAGAACACGUUCGGCAUCAUGCCCGCGCAGCAGCAGAUCGCCUUCGACCAGCCACUCGCCCCAGGUGCCUCGGCGUCGUACUCUCUUCCCAUGAGCCUCACGCCGGCGAUGCUGGCACCGCCAGGGAGUCCCGUGGGGGCCCCGGUGCAGACGGCACUGAAGAAUAUGCAGACGGGCGCGGUGUUGUACUUCAACAUCCCGGUGGACGGCCUGAGCACGAUGCUACCGCCGGCGGGGCCGAUGGGUAGGGACCAGUUCUUGGCGGCAUGGAAGAGCGUCGACGACUCGCUCGAGGUUUCCAAGGAGGCGCAAGGCUUGCCCUUCUCCGGGGACGUUUCGGCGGUGACCCGAAAGCUGCAGGAGCGCAACAUCUACUUCGUCGCCGGCAGAGAGGCCCCCGGCCAACAGGCGAGGAUGAAAAUUGUCUACUAUUCUUUUAAGCUGGUCCAGCUCCACAUGUUGGCAGAAGUGACCUUCCCGGUGGGGGGGGGCACCGCGGCACCCCGGCUUUGCAUCAGGAGUGAGGCGCCGCCGUACGCGCCGCUGGCGCUUCAGCUGCUCGAGGCUGCCCUCCGGCAGCAGUAGUAGGUUCUGCGGUUGCUGUCGAAGCGAGGUUGGUUGUUUUGUUAGGCGCUUUGAUGCAGCGUGCUGUGAAGACCGUUUUUUUUCUUUCCUUCUUCUUUCGCUCUUGUUCGUCUUUUUUCUUCGGAGGGUGGGUAUCAGCGCCAGCGGGGAAUGUGCUUGCUCUCGUCCUCUCCACAGAUGUCUGAAAUGAUUAUGGCGAAGCCCAGAAUCUAGAGCGAGGCGUCGUGCGGCAGAGGCACGUCACUGUCGCUUUUGCGUUGGAGAGGUUCCACUACGGGCAACGACAGGUUUUGCUCUGCUUUUACGGCUGUUAUUCGGAGACUUAUGCGAAUGCCGCAGGGCUUUUGGGCGCGAACAAUGCAGGGCAACACGGCAACACAGCGCGGCGUCGAAUCGCGGAAAUUCCACCAGAUUUGUGUUUCCAUCUUCACAGUUGGGAUGAACCUCGAUCGAUGUCCGGUUUUCACAUUUGUUUCUGCGCGCUUCAGGUUUACUACUUUUUUUUCAGUGCCACAGAACGGUUGCGUCUCGUCGAGGUUGCGUUGAUCCGAAGAAAAGCGGUGUCCCGCAUCCUUUUUUGUCGAACUAAUGUAGAGUCCAUAAUGGACGAUAGGCGAGGUCUUCGAAUGUAAAUGAAGCGUCCUUUGAUGGAGACGCUAAUACGCACACCAAAUUGACGAGCGUUUGCGGCACGCAUGUCUUCAUCGGUUGAUCUCCGAACUCCCUCAACGCCUAGCGUAGAUUGCACAAGAUACCGCAACCCCCUGGAUCGUUUUUCAAAGCUCGACUAGAGCUCUGGAGCACAACCAGUGGCGGUACAAAAAAUUGUGGAUUUGAAUCUGUCUCGUCGAGAGAGCUUGCCGAAAACGUUUCAUUUGGUUUUGGCAUCCUUCAUGUCGUGAAGUAGUCGAGCUCAAAAUUUGCCUCCAGGGGUGUGGUACCUUGCGCAACUUGCGGCACCUCGUGUUGAAACUCGGUGGUCCUUUCGAACCAGGUUCCAACCGCACCUCCCGCAGCUGCUCCAGCCGGUGGUCUCUGAGGUUGGCGGCGGUCGUCACACGUUUCCAGUUAGCGAGGCCUGUCCCGCUGAAUACGCCGCCGUCGGCAAAGUUUUUUUCUCAAGUGUCGUCCCGAAAAUGCGGUCAUGAUGCCUGUGCCACUGCUCCGUUUCACUUUGCGUCGGCCCCGUCGGUUCGUCUGUGUUCGUUUCCUGGCUUGACGGUGCCGAAGAUCUCCCAAAUGCGGUUUCUCCCAAACCUUUUGCCGGAUGUGCGGCCUAGCGGCGAGGGUGAUCGGCGGGAGGCAUGUGGUAUACGCCCCUAGAAUGGCCCGCACUGGUUGAAGGUCGCAACGAAGACUAUAUGCAAGUGAUAGGCGGUUCGCGGAUUCUACGUUGUUGUCUUCAUGCUCAAAGUCCGAGCGCUCCCUGAACUCGUGGAGUGCAUCAACCACCUCAGACCUAUGG